AUGCCUUUCCCGGGGAAUACAUUCCAACCGUGUGAUUUCGACAAUUACUCCGCAAAUGUGAUGGUCGAUGGAAAGCCGAUUAACCUUGGUCUCUGGGAUACCGCUGGUCAAGAGGAUUACGAUCGUUUGCGUCCUCUUUCGUACCCUCAGACAGAUGUUUUCUUGAUUUGCUUCUCCUUGGUCAGUCCUCCUUCCUUUGAAAACGUUCGGGGAAAGUGGUAUCCGGAGAUCACUCACCAUGCCCCAAAUAUUCCCAUCAUCCUGGUCGGAACGAAACUUGAUCUUCGCGAAGAUAAAGAAACCAUUAUUAAGCUUCGUCAGAAAAAUCAAUCACCAAUCACAUACCCUCAAGGACUUCAAAUGGCAAAAGAUAUUUCCGCCGUGAGAUACCUUGAAUGCUCCGCCCUUACCCAAAAGGGGUUGAAAAACGUAUUUGAUGAGGCCAUCCGCGCUGUUCUUUGUCCCGCCCCCCGGAAGAUCAAAGAACAUGCGUGA